CCUCUCUCUACUACAAUGCCAGUAUUCUCUAACCCCGUAAUUGCUUCAACAACGAGCCCCAUCAACAAUAACAUUAACGGUUUGCCGGACAAAUGUAUGUGCGUCGAUGGUGUUUGUCUCGAUCCAUCUCAUAAGCACUACGCUGAACAACAAAAAAAAUAUCAAGAAAAUUUUAAACAACAGCAACUAUUGCAAAAGAGAAAACGUCGCCUUUCCCUCACAACAGAGAUCUCGACUGUUAGAUUAAUGCCGACUACUACGUGUUCACUAUAUUCAGGUUCAAAAUUUAGAGGUGAACAGAGGAGUGGGAGAAGUAGUUACGAUGUUGCUGUUCAUAUUCAG